GGAGUUUGACCUUGGGGCUGGGAGGCGGACGUACGAUGUCGAUGUGAGCGGACUUGGAUGUUCCACAGGUCGCAGCCGUAAAUUCCUGUUUCACUGGGACUGACUACCUUAAAUGCUUUAAUACGGGCCCACUUCAAUUUUAGUUUGACUACAGUAGUUGCUGCUAGUUGCUGCUCGCAUAAGUGUCGAUGUAACUUCUCUGUGAAGCAGCUUUUCGCAGUCGGCCGCUAGAGAGACGUUCUCAAAGGAGCGCGACGUGACGUGAUUAGUACGAAUAAUCCAUGUGACUAGGCGAGAGAGAUCCAUGGAGAAGGCAACGCAGUUUAUCCACAGUAUGGAGAUGGACAAGCGCACUGCGGCACUGCUGACGACAGGUGCCUGCGCUGCUGGAGCUGCGGUGCUGCUGUUCCGCAAGAUCAGUAGUUUCCAAGAGGCAAAGUCGAAGAUCCAGAGAGCCAGAGCUCGGAGGACCGAGAGUCUGCAGCAUGCACAAGAGGCUGUGCAGCGAUACAGGAAGUCGCAUCCAACCGCUGACUCUGAUGCAAUCCUGACACUGCCCCUGUCUGAGUUGACAAAGGAACUUCAGGAAGGCUCACUGAACCCCGAGGAUGUCUUUUAUGCUUAUGUGGAAAAGACUCUAGAUGUAAACGAAAAGCUGAACUGCUGCACAGGGGUGUUGCCGGAUAGUUUUGACCAACUGAAAGCUAUUAGCAACAACAAGGGAGGUCUCUUGUAUGGCGUUCCAGUUAGUAUCAAAGACAACUUUGGAUACAAGAAUUGCGACUCUACUUGUGGCUUGAUCAUUAAUCUGGAGCAACCUGUCCAGGAAGACUGUGUCCUUGUCAAAGUUCUGAAGAGACAAGGAGCUAUUCCCUUUGUGAAAACCAACAUACCUCAAGGCCUUUUGAGUUAUGACUGCUGUAACCCUAUUUAUGGGCAGACCAUAAACCCCCAUAACCUUCAGAAGACCUCUGGAGGUUCAUCUGGUGGAGAGGGAGCUCUCAUCGGUGGAGGUGGCUCUCUGCUGGGUUUAGGCAAUGACAUAGGCGGCAGCAUCCGUAUUCCCGCCUCUUUCUGUGGAACAUGCGGUUUCAAGCCAACGCCAGGUCGGCUGAGUGUAAUGGGUCUGAGGCCUGCCUGUAGGGGGCAAAAGUCAGUGCUGUCAUCUCCGGGACCCAUGGCGAGGGAUGUUGACAGCCUGGCUCUGUGCAUGCAGGCUCUGCUGUGUGACCACAUGUUUUCCCUGGACCCCACUGUUCCACCACUGCCUUUUAAUUUGCAGUUGUACCAGAGCUCCCAACCCCUGAGGAUUGGUUACAUUGAAAAUGAUGGCUACAUGCAGCCAUCUCCAAGCAUGGCACGGGCCGUCCGAGAAGUCAAGGCGCUGUUGGAAGACGCAGGCCACACUUUGGUGCCUUACACACCUUUGAAGAUUGAUUAUGCUUUCCCUGAGCUGGUGGUAAAGGGUUGCCUUGCAGAUGGAGGUACUACCCUGCUAAAUAACAUGAAGGGAAGUCCUGUGGACCCCUCUCUCAAACAUCAAAUUUCCUUUCGCCAUAUUCCUAAAUGGAUGUUAAAAACCAUGUCAUUCCUCAUGAACCCCCUGUCUCCUCGUCUUUAUGCCAUUGGUGGCGCUCUAGCUGGAUGUGGGUCUAUUCCAAACUUGUGGAAGCAACAUGCCGCUGUUGAGGACUACAUUUAUGAAACGAUAGAGGAUUGGAGAAGGUGCAACAUUGACGUGCUGCUGUGCCCUGUGAUUGGACCAGCCUACAACUUCUUAUACUGCGGAAAGAUUACGCCUGUCCUCUCAUACACAGCCAUUUACAAUCUCCUCACUUUUCCCGCUGGAGUGGUUCCUGUUUCCACAGUGACCGCACAAGAUGAGGAGGAACUCGAGCACUAUAAGGGCAUUUAUCAGGACCAGGUGGACAAGGUCUUCAAACAGGCUGUCUCCGGGGCAAAGGGUCUGCCUGUGUCGGUGCAGUGUGUUGCCCUGCCGUGGCAGGAUGAGCUGUGUCUGCGCUUCAUGAAGGAGGUGGAACACUUGGUCAAACAGAGCAGAAAGUAGAUCCUGAAGCCCACAGGUGGCGCUACAACCUUCAGGGAUAUUAUGAUACAUUUGCUGUGGAAACAGUACCCAAAACGUCAUUUCUGAUGAUGGUGAAAAUUACUGAAGAAUACAACAUGAAUUAACAUUGAUUAACAAAGAUGCUUUGCUUUUACUCUUCUUUCGAUCCUUCAUGAUAUAAAACUGUCGAUCUUUGGUGAAUCUGAAUUGAAGUCUAAUCUUAAAUUUAUUAUUGUGCUGAUAUGAGUAAACUGUGAUUAAUUAUCUGAUUGGAACUCACAUUGUUGAUUAUGUCAUGCCAUACGGCAGGAACACAUGUAACGGGCUGUAGUGUCUGUCAGGGCUGAACAAUUAAACGCAGUUUGGAACAGCACAAUUAGCAAAUGA